AUGUCAAAAUUCCAAGAUAGUCUCUUGGGGGAAUAUGGAGUGGAAUGGAAGGAUAUAGCUGUUGCGUUGCGACCAAGCACAACUCUUCAAUAUCUUUUCGCAGGGCUGGGCUUCUUAACCUUCUACGUCCUCGUCUUCAAACCCCUCCGCAACAUCUUCUUCCACCCACUUUCGCACCAUCCAGGCCCCAGACUCUUCGCCGCAUCUUCUCUCCCCUACGGUCUCUGGUACAUCUCCGGCUACUGGCACACCAAGAUCUUCGCCCUACAUGCCCACUACGGCCCCAUCGUGCGUAUCGGGCCCAAUGAGCUGUCCUACGCAUGUCCCGAAGCCUGGGACGACAUCUACGGGCGCUAUGUCCCCGCAAAGCGCAAGGAAAACCCAAAGCCAGAAUGGUACUGCAGCCCUGCCUCCCACGAUAUGGUAGGCGCAAACCUGGGCGACCACGGACGCAUGCGUCGCGUCAUGGCGCCAGGGUUCACGUACGGGGCUAUGUGCAAGCAAGAGCCGCUGAUUGCGGGGCAUGUGGACUUGUUCCUGGAGAAGCUGGCGGAGAAGUGUAAGGGCGGCGAGGAAGCGGAGGUAAAUAUGCUGGAGUGGUUUACAUAUUGCACCUUUGAUCUGAUUGGGGAUCUGGCGUUUGGGGAGCCGUUUGGAUGCUUGGAGAACGCCAUGCUGCAUCCGUGGUUGCAGUUGGUGUUUGCGAACAUCUACAUCACACAUAUCCUGGUGCUGUGUAAGCGGAUACCGUUCUUCUAUCUGUUUCUGCCGCUCAAAACCACGGUGCAGCUGUUCCUCGAGUUCUCGCGGCAUGUGGUACUGCUGAAAGAGGUCGUGGACCGGCGGCUUGCGCGUGAGGGAAAGCGAGACGAUUUUAUGGACAUUAUGACGAGCAAGCCCAGCAAGACGCUGUAUCUCACCAAGGAAGAGAUAUUCAAAAACGCAAUCUUACUCACCGGCGGAGGCGCCGAGACGACUUCCAGCUCCCUCACAGGCAUGGCGUAUAUUCUCGCUAUGCGGCCGGAUGUAAAGCGAAAGGUGGUGCAAGAACUCCAUGCGACGUUCGCGUCAGAAGCCGAUAUCAACAUGCGUAGCGUCGCAAAAUUAACGUACACGGGCGCUUUCAUCGAAGAAGCACUGCGGUACUACCCACCCGGUCCCAAUACCAUGUGGCGUCGGACGCCAGAAGGAGGGAACACGAUUUUGGGUGAACACAUCCCCGAGAAUACCGUCCUCGGCAUCCCACACCGCGUCCUCUACCGCAGUCCAACAUACUGGGCACGCGCAGAUGAAUUCCACCCCGAGCGAUGGCUCCCCGAGGGCCAGCGACCAUCCGAGUUUGAUGCCGACCGACGUGACGGGUUUCAGCCGUUCUCCUAUGGCCCGCGCGUGUGCAUUGCCAUGAAUCUUGCGUACGCGGAGAUGCGGUACAUCCUAGCGCGCUACCUGUGGCACUUUGAUAUCGACAUAACGGAGAAGAGUAAGACUUGGAUGGAUAAUCAGAAGGCGUAUCUUGUGUGGGAUAAGCCGGGAUUGUUUCUGCGUUUAACGCCUGUUGAUGGGGUGGCAAGAGAGUGA